AUGGAGAAAUUAUUUCUUCUGAUUUCAUGCCUGCUGAUGUUUACACAUCAAUUCUGUUCAGAAGCAGCAACAUCUAAUCCGGAGUACCCAUAUUCGUUUAUGACAGCAGAUGCUCAAAAGGCAGCUUCAAGAUCAUAUGAUUACAUUGUGGUUGGAGGAGGUACAGCGGGAUGUCCCCUGGCAGCAACUCUCUCACAGCACUACUCUGUUUUAGUAUUGGAGAGGGGAGACUCUCCUUACGGAAUUCCCGAUGUGGAGGAUUUCAGAGGGUCUCCCACAACUAAUCCCAAAGUAGCGCAGGGGUUUGUCUCAGAAGAUGGAGUGCAGUUGGUACGGGCGAGAGUUUUAGGAGGCGGAUCAGCCAUCAACGGUGGAGUCUACAGCAGGGCGAGCACUGAAUAUAUUCGGAAAAUAAAGUGGGAUGAGAAACUUGUAUAUGAGUCAUAUGAAUGGGUAGAACGGUUGAAUGCCUUCCAACAAUACAAGCUUUCUACUUGGAAUUCUGCUACCAAGGAUGGGCUUCUUCAAGCUGGAGUUCUUCCUUACAACGGCCACACUUUCGAUCAUUUGGUUGGCACCAAGAUCAGUGGCUCAAUCUUUGACGAGAAUGGAAAGAGACAUACAGCCGCAGAUCUACUCCAGUAUGCAAAUCCAGAAAAUAUUGUAGUUCUUCUCAAUGCUACUGCCAGCAGAAUACUCUUCAGUUUGGGAUCAGGAAAGCCAAAGGCUAGCGGAGUGGAGUUCAGAAGCAAUAAUGAUGGUCUCAUUUAUCAAAUUUCACUUAACCAAUUGUCAAUCAAUAGUGAGGUGAUUUUGUCAGCAGGAAGCAUAGGUAGCACUCAACUUCUCCUCUUAAGCGGAAUUGGUCCAAAAAGACAACUCAAAGAAAUGAAUAUUCCUGCUCUUUUAGAUUCACCUUUUGUAGGUAAACAAGUUCAAGAUAAUCCUAGUGCAGCCUUUACUAUAGUAUCCUCGAAACCACUUGAAGAUUCUUAUUCACAAUUAGCGGGCAUUUUAGACAAUUCCCAAAAUUACAUCGAAAGUGGUAGCCUUGUCCAACGGAAUAAUGGUACAAAUACACAAUAUUUAGGUGUUCUUGAUAUUAAGUUGGCAUUUCCCUUAUCAAGGGGUGAUCUUUGGCUUAAAAGCGUAGACCCUCGAGAUAACCCCUAUGUUCGUUACAACUACUAUUCACACUCUCUUGAUCUACAAAGAUGUGUGAAAGGUAUAAAAGUAAUGGUUAAUCUGAGUAUGUCAUCUUCUAUCCAAGAGUUUGCAUUUACUGAUAGUGGAAAUUCCAAAACACUCCAAUUCCUUGGAAUAGCAUUACCAAAGAAUCAAUCAAAUGAUGAUGCCUUGGCGAAGCUUUGCAAAGAGGCACUAGGGACAUUUAACCAUUAUCAUGGAGGUUGUCAAGCUGGUUUAGUGGUUAAUGAAAGAUAUCUGGUGAAAGGUGUUGAUAAUCUCAGAGUUGUGGAUGGCUCAAUUUAUAAGGAUUCCCCUGGUACCAACCCACAAGCCACAACCAUGAUGCUUGGAAGGAGGAAGGCCCCCAAUGAAAUAUUACACCUGGCACUGGAAGAAACAGAAGAAAAAAACACCCCAGAUGGGCUGCCAGAACUCACAGAAGAUGUAAAGACCAUGAAAAUAGAUCAGGAAUCAAGGAUUGGUCAAUUGGAGAUUAUCUUGAAAGAAAUUAAGGGUAAUCUGAAGAACCUGGUGGAUAUUAGCAAGGAAGUCAUAAAUAAUAGUGCUCGAGGUCUUAAAAAGGUAAAUGUGAUGAUAGCGGAUCAAAGAGCUCAGUCCACCACAAGCAUUCCCUACUCUGUCAUCAAACAGAAGAAGAAAAUCCAGGAACCAAACUUGCAGGGUACAAGACUUCAAACCACCACAGGUCCCUAUACAAGGACUAGAAGUAGGAACCAGGAGAAUAAUACCUCCAGGUUUAUCAUGGAUGAGCUCGAGGACAUCAAUAACAGGGUGAUUCAAAAGAAUUCGGAGAUGAAGUAA